AUGGUCGACUCGCAAAAUUUUCCCGUGGACCGGUUCUUUGUAGUAGCUGUUCAUGGUGGCGCUGGCUAUCACGACCCCUCCCAGGAUAGCCAAGUUAAGACAGCCAUGCGUCUCGCAUGCGCUGCAGCUCUCGACAAGCUACGAAACGACAAUGGUACGGCAGUGGAUGCCGUCGAAAAGGCUAUAUGCGUCCUAGAGGAUGAUGAAUGCUUGAAUGCAGGCUAUGGUUCAAACCUCACCGUGGACGGCCAAGUCGAGUGCGAUGCUGCCGUCAUGGACGGAAGAGACGGUUCUUUUGGCAGCGUCGGCGCAGUCCCAGGCGUGAAAAACCCAAUCCGUGCUGCCCGUGCUGUAAUGGACUAUUCCAAGCGUCCUGACAGACUGGGCCGAAUUCCUCCCAUGACCCUGGUUUCUCUCGGUGCACGGCAGUUCGCCGGCUCCACUGGGUGCGAAGUCGUGUCGCCGGAAAUACUGACAAGUCCGAAAGCGAAGAAAGAGUGGCAGAGGUGGAAAACUCGUCUAGAUGAUCCCGCAGAUAAUAUCACACCAAUGUUAAGGGAAUCUAUCGAAGAUAUCCACCAGCGGCAGGAUACGGUAGGUGCGGUGGUAUUAGAUGCAGCAGGACAUCUUGCCGGCGGCGUAUCCAGUGGAGGUCUGCUGCUGAAGUAUCCUGGCCGUAUCGGAGAGGCCGCCGUGUUUGGUGCAGGAUGUUGGGCUCAGAACAUGUCCACCGAUCGCACAACUAACGGGAUGGCAUGCAGUAUAUCUGGUUCGGGAGAAUACAUCAUACAAUCAACUAUGGCCCAGUCUUUGUGGCGCGAAUAUCACAAGUCGACAGAAGGCGACGUGCAUCGCCUUCUGAAAGAUGUUCUUACCAAAUUCCGAGAAGACCGAGACACCGAGCGGAGCGCAGGGGUUCUCAUGCUGACGUUGGAGGCGGAUGAGCCUGGCAUAUCGCCCAUUCCGCGGUUAUGGUGCGGUUUUACAGCAGAUAGUAUGGCUAUUGCAUAUGCGACGUCAGCGGAUCCAAAGCCAAAGGUUGGGUGCAGUCUGCCGCGAGUUGUCAGGAGCGCUCGACUUAUCCACGUCUCCGCCAGGCAAAAAUCUUUCGCCGGCCGGCAGCCUCCAGUAAUUCUGAAAUUGUCAUCACCGCCAUAUCUUUAUUAA